GCAGUUUCAUUCGUAUCAGCUAUUCAUUUUGUGCACUCGUGUGAAGUAUGGAUAGUUUCGAGCGCGAGAGCUGGUAUCAUUUUUGUUGGGUUUGAGUUUGUGUGUGGUGGUGUGCUAUUCACUGAGAAUUAGAGUGAGAGGUUCAAGACUCCGUUUGUUGCUGUGAAAUUGUUUCACGAAGUCCUGGGAUUUGGCUGGAGUUAGAUUGCAGAAUUUCUUCUUGGCGGUUGAGGUUGUUUUCGGACAAUGGGGGCUGAUAAUGCCGAUCCUAUGGACGAGGAUCGUGUCGAGGAGGUUGGAGCAGAGGCAUCUGCAGAUUCGCGGGUUGUUUAUGAAGACUUUAGUCCCGAUUACUUGAGAAUCUAUUAUGCGAGGUUGUUCCCGUACGCGGAGAUAUACAAGUGGUUGUCCUACGGACACGAUGGGAAACAUCCGGGAUGUGAUGCAACAAUCAUGAGUAGAAGGGAGUUUUCUUUCACACUGGAGCACGAUAUCUAUAUUCGUUACUUGUCAUUCCACGAUGUGGCCGAGAUGGAAGCUACGAUUAAGAGCAAGUGCCCCCACAAGAUCGACAUUGGAGCUCUGUAUAAUGUUGAGCCUGCUAAACGCUCAGCGUAUGCUGGAGGUUCAGAUCGAGUUUUUGCUUCUGUUGAAAGAGAGCUUGUUUUUGAUAUUGAUAUGACAGACUACGAUGACAUCCGCACUUGUUGCAGCGGGGCGGACAUAUGUUUGAAAUGUUGGCCUUUGAUGAAUGUGGCCAUUAAAAUAUUGGAUACAGUACUUAGAGAGGACUUUGGCUUCGAGCACCUUCUAUGGGUCUACAGUGGACGCCGUGGAGUUCAUUGUUGGGUGUGUGAUACACGAGCAAGGAGAUUGAGUAAUGAGGCAAGGUCCGCUAUUGCUAGAUAUCUCACUUUGUACAAGGGUAAUGAGAAUACUACGAAGAAAGUGUCGCUUACGGGGCCAUCUCUUCAUCCUGCACUUUCACGUGCAUAUGAGAUCUGCAGAGGUUACUUUGAGGAGCACAUACUCCCAAAUCAGGGCUUGCUGCGUUCCGAGGAGCAAUUCGAUAAAGUAUUGGAACUAGUGCCAGAUGAAUCUGUAAGGACUCAGAUGCGGGAUAGAUGGAAACGUGCCUCAACUUCCAAGGAUGACGUCAGUGCGAUUCGCUGGAAACAUUUGAAGCAGACAUUAGAGAACAAGAAAUUGGCUCCAAGUGUAAGAAGGAGCGUCGAAGAAAUUGUUUUCUCUUACACAUAUCCCAGGCUUGAUAUAGAGGUUUCUAAGCACAUGAACCAUCUGCUCAAAGCGCCUUUUUGUAUUCAUCCCAAAACUGGUCGUGUAUGUGUGCCAAUCGACCCACUCGACUGUGACAACUUUGAUCCAACAACUGUACCAACUCUUGGCCAGUUAUUGUAUGAUCUUAACAACGAAGGAGGUAAAGCGGGGCCAGAAGUGAAAGACUUGGAGAAAACAUCACUAAACGCAGCAGUGCGGCUCUUUCAAACUAAAUUUUUGGACCCACUCCAACGUGCGAACAAGGCGGAAAUUACAUGUUCUUAUCAACAGAAAUUACAGCAGACCAGUGCUACAAAUGUUCUUAGCUGGUGAUAGUUGUGAAUUGCACAUUCAGUUGAUUAAAAACCGUGAAGGUGAAAAUAAAAACGGCAUUUGUAAGACGGCAGUUGUCAGAACUAUAUCACACAUAUUAUUUGAGCUGUUAUGAUACAAAAUUAUUAGGGCAAUAUAUUCUGUCUGUUUUGAUAAAACAUAUAUACAAUUUUGUUACUAUGUUUUUCAAAUA